CCCCGCCCUGCGCGCAUGCCCCGCCGCCUCGCGCAUGCGCAGCGGGAGCGCGGGGCAGACUCCGAUGCGGGGCGGGCGGGGGGAGAUCUGAACGGCGGCGCCGCCGCCAUAUUGCGGAGCUGUCACCGGCAGCCGCGCUUUGCGCCUCUUCGCCGGCGGCGCCGCGAGCAGCACGGGCGGCCCCGCAGCACCGCCUGUCCCGGUGCGAGGGGGGAGCUGCGCGGCGGCGGGGGGGGACGCCCUGGCCAACGCGGAGCGGAGAGCGGAGCGCCCAGCAGCCCACCCCGGCGUUUUGUCCCCCCCCCGCCCGGCGCCGCGGAGCGCCCACCCCCGCAGCCGGGCAGCGGAGCCGCAGAAGGGGACAAAGAGUUUGUAGAAGGCUUAUUUGGACAAGAGACCGUAAAGAAAACAACAAAAAAAAUGCCGAAACCAAUCAAUGUGAGAGUUACCACAAUGGAUGCAGAGUUGGAAUUUGCCAUCCAGCCCAACACAACAGGCAAGCAGCUCUUUGAUCAGGUGGUGAAAACUGUUGGUCUUCGUGAAGUCUGGUUUUUUGGGCUGCAGUAUGUGGACAGCAAAGGCUACUCAACUUGGCUAAAGCUAAAUAAAAAGGUAACACAGCAAGAUGUAAGGAAAGAAAAUCCUUUGCAGUUUAAGUUCAGGGCUAAAUUUUUUCCGGAGGAUGUAUCGGAGGAAUUAAUUCAGGAAAUAACCCAGAGACUUUUCUUCCUGCAAGUUAAAGAAGCUAUACUAAAUGAUGAAAUAUAUUGUCCACCAGAAACUGCAGUUCUUCUGGCUUCCUAUGCUGUCCAGUCCAAGUAUGGAGAUUAUAAUAAAGAGAUACAUAAACUAGGCUACCUAGCCAAUGACAGACUUCUCCCUCAACGUGUGUUAGAACAGCACAAACUGACAAAGGAACAGUGGGAAGAGAGAAUACAGAACUGGCAUGAAGAACACAGGGGGAUGUUAAGGGAAGAUUCUAUGAUGGAAUACCUUAAGAUUGCGCAAGAUCUGGAGAUGUAUGGAGUCAACUAUUUUGAAAUAAAGAAUAAAAAAGGAACUGAAUUGUGGCUAGGAGUUGAUGCUUUGGGUCUGAAUAUUUAUGAACAUGAUGAUAAGUUGACACCCAAGAUUGGUUUUCCUUGGAGUGAAAUAAGAAAUAUCUCUUUUAAUGACAAAAAAUUUGUCAUAAAGCCAAUUGACAAAAAGGCCCCUGAUUUUGUUUUUUAUGCACCCCGUCUGAGAAUUAAUAAGCGAAUUUUGGCACUGUGUAUGGGAAAUCAUGAAUUGUACAUGAGGAGGAGAAAACCUGAUACAAUUGAAGUGCAACAGAUGAAGGCCCAGGCUAGAGAGGAGAAACAUCAGAAACAAUUGGAAAGGGCACAAUUAGAAAAUGAGAAGAAAAAAAGGGAGAUAGCAGAAAAGGAAAAGGAAAGAAUAGAGCGUGAAAAGGAAGAAUUGAUGGAACGAUUAAGACAAAUUGAAGAGCAAACAAUGAAGGCUCAGAAAGAGCUAGAAGAACAGACUAGAAGAGCUCUAGAACUGGAUCAAGAACGAAAGCGUGCAAAGGAGGAGGCAGAACGCCUGGAAAAGGAGCGCCGAGCGGCUGAAGAAGCUAAAGCUGCCCUAGCCAAGCAGGCAGCUGAUCAAAUGAAGAACCAGGAGCAACUAGCAGCAGAACUUGCUGAAUUCACUGCCAAGAUUGCACUUCUAGAGGAGGCCAAGAAAAAGAAAGAAGAGGAAGCCUCAGAAUGGCAGCACAAAGCUUUUGCAGCCCAGGAGGACUUGGAAAAGACCAAAGAAGAAUUGAAAUCUGUGAUGUCUGCUCCUCCUCCACCUCCUCCCCCACCAGUUAUUCCUCCGACAGAGAAUGAACAUGAUGAACAUGAUGAGAACAAUGCUGAAGCCAGUGCAGAACUGUCUUCUGAUGGUGUCAUGAAUCACAGGAGUGAGGAAGAACGGGUAACAGAAACACAGAAAAAUGAACGUGUUAAGAAACAGCUGCAGGCUUUAAGUUCUGAGUUGGCUCAAGCCAGAGAUGAAACCAAGAAAACACAAAAUGAUGUCCUUCAUGCUGAGAAUGUUAAAGCAGGCCGUGAUAAGUACAAGACUCUUCGACAAAUCCGACAAGGCAAUACAAAACAACGUAUUGAUGAGUUUGAAGCAAUGUGAGAGCUGUUAUUUUGCAUAUAUGUUCCUCGUAAAGCUGAACCACCAACAGAGAAAAAAGCAGGCCUUUGCAGAUUUGAUGGAUUGCACCCCACUUUGCCAAAGCACUUAAUACCAGUUUGACUGUGAUGGUUAAAAGAAAAAUUUGGGGAAGCCAUUCAACAAUAAGGCAGUCUGUCAUCCCUGGCUUUUUUGGGGGGAGGGUGUGGAGAAUGAUGGCAAUUUUUUUCCCCUGUUAUGUUUUCAUUUCCAUUGUUUCUUUUUUUUUUUUUUAUUUGAAAACUGAUGUGAAGUAUAUAAUGACUGACAAGUGUACGUAUUACUUAAACAUUAAGAAAUAGAAAGAGUAAUGGAGCUGAACCUAAAAUGAAUAGGUUCUAUUGUGGUAUGAUGAAGUUUGAAUUUACAUUUUUCAAUGUAGCCACACCAUUAGGAGUUUGAUAUUACUGACUUUUAGUGGGUUUUUUGUUUGUUUGUUUUUUUCUUUCUCACAAGUGAAAUUCUUUGGUGUUUCAUGUCCUGUCAUCAUUGAUGGUUUUCUUUGCCUACCUGUUCACAAAGGUCUGGAUGGCAGGUGGUAGUUCCAGGAGAUGUUGCUUAAAUGGAACGCUACCUGUGGGCAGCAUGUCUGCUGAUAGGCUUGAAUAAAUACUGCUUUUCAUAGGUGAUUAUUUUAGAUGCACAAAAUGUUCUAAUGCAGCAAAGAAAAAAAAAUACAAAGCUCUGUAUGCUGUUUGCUUGUAAUUAUUUUAUUUGCAGUAGGGAAACCUGGACCUUUCUGGCAAGGGAGCAUAUGAAAACAUCAGUCCCAGGGAGGGGACAGUAUCCUACCUCACUUCUAUAUACAUGAUGACUGGUCCUUCAAACACCAUGAAAAAACUAUUUAAAUUGAUUAUCACUAUACAGUGAUAUCACAGAAAGCUAGGAGUCCUUACUCCUAAGGUUUUGUUUUACUUCAAGGUGGGUUUAUAGUGCUAAAUACUGUUUAACUGCCUUUUUGUUGAGUUUAAAUUGUAAAAGCGUCUUGCGUUUGUUAAAGCUGUAACCUGUCACUGGUAUACUAUCUUCUGGGAGGGGUGUGGAAUGUGUGUGUGUUAGCUUGUUUUGGGGUUUCCAAAUACCAAACGAAAGUUCAUAUAAUUGGAGGAAAAAGCAUUUGUAGCUUCAGUUCUCAGUGAAGUUAGUAUUGUAACUGUCAUAUCUGAUGUCAGAUCAUUGUUAUUAAGUACUUCCUGUCUUGAAAAGGAGACUUGAAAAGAAAUUUUUUUUUUUUUUUUUUUUUUGAGGACUCAGCUUAGAAAUUGAGUUUUGGGGAAAUAACUGUGCAGUUAAUGUGGACUGCAAUUAUUCCUUCUUUUGUAGAACCCUAGUAAAUAACUAUUAGGGAAGAGCCCUGCUUUCUCUGAGGAUGGUUCAGCUCUCUUGUGUUUGAUAUUAUGCACUCAUGAAUUUACACUUAUCUAUUAAAAUUUGCCAUUUUAUUAAGCAUUUUUUCAUGCACAACAGGUUUAAAUUUCUUAUGAACAGUCCAACUAAGGGUUUUUUGUUUUUUUGUUUUUUCCAGAGUUAGAGGUUGGCUAUGUGGGGUGACAUCAUGAAAAUAAAAUAAAGAUACAUUAAUAUAUUUUUGGUUUGUGGGGCUAUACAUAUCUGGUUAACCUUGAGGACUGAUGUGCAAAUGGUGUGCACACGCUUCAAAAUGCUGCUUGGUGGAAGCUGGUGUUUCUACUUGCAGUGCAUUGUGAGAACAGUUUGUUUCACAGGCUUCAUAUACCAAAGCAUGAGCAAAUUUCUGAAGUAUUGGAACAGCUUGCCAUAGCAGGUGAAAUACUGUGCUUCCAGUGAGUUCUUAUGUUUUUCCCUGGAAAGUGUGCACUAACAUUGAUACAUCAGUUUUAGUGUUGGGGAGAAAUACCAGUAAAGUUUGCUGUUCAUAAAUCUACAGUAUAUAGAGUAGGGCUAAAUGGAUUAGAUCCAUUUAUAAAGCUGUGUGAUUUUUUUUUUUUCUAAACAACCAGGAACAACCAUUUAUAAUAUGGAUUUUCACAGUGAACAAAGUGGUAAUAGCUGCUGUCACCAGCAGUUGGGAACAAUUACUGGUGCAGAAAUACUAAGAAUACAUUUAAUGAUUACUUGGUGAAGUAAUUUUCCACAUGCUUUUUCCUUUAGCAUCAUGUUUUGUGUUGUACAAUUAAGCUACAAUUACAUCUACUAUUUUGGAUAACAUUCAUUGGUUAACAAUAAAGAGAUACAGUUAA